AUAUCUAUUUAUUUCAGGAGAGGUUCUAAUGCCUCAUUAACAAUAGAUUUAAACCCCUCCCCGGAAAUUACACGCUGGGAGGGGACACCACCUAAAGAAAGUAGUGGAAUAGAGUUUUUAAUGUCUGCUGGGAACAGAUUAAGUCGAAGAGAAUUGCGGAAUUAUACUAAAAAUAAACAAGAUAUAUACGAAGAAUUCUGGGAGAUACCAAUGAACCAUACAGAGAAAGUAUCAGUAGCAGGUUCUGGUAUGAAAAACAGAUAUAAAUCAAUUAUACCAAAUGAACAUACGAGAGUUGUAUUAUCAGAUUGGGACGGUGACCCACUUUCAUCUUAUAUCAAUGCCAAUUAUAUUAGGGGUUAUGAAGGAGAGAGAGGAGCCUAUAUAGCUACACAAGGUCCCAUGCCUCACACUAUUGUAGAUUUCUGGAAGAUGGUCUGGUCAGAGAGAUCACCAAUGAUUGUUAUGAUCACAAAAUUACGAGAAAAAUCAAAGUCAAAAUGUGAAAACUACUUACCCGAUACGUUCGCUGUUUACGGAGAUAUUGAGGUCACAGUUGAUAGAUGUAUAUAUAAAAAUGGCUACGAACUACGCCACCUUACUUUACGUGCAAAUGGUGAACAUCAUACUAUGUUACAUUAUUGGUAUACGACCUGGCCAGAUCAACGACCAUCAGAAUCUACCAAAAUAUUACUAGAAUUAAUCAAAGAGGUGGAACUUCGCCGUUAUAAACCAGAUUCUUAUUUACCUAAAGGUCCAGUUAUAGUUCACUGCAGUGCUGGUAUUGGUAGAACUGGGUGUUUUAUAGCUAUAAGUAUUGGUAUAAGACAGCUAAGGGAAGAACAGUCAGUAGAUAUAUUAGGUAUUGUUUGUAGUAUGAGAUUAGACAGAGGUGGUAUGAUUCAAACCCAUGAACAGUAUGAAUAUAUACACCAAGCUUUAUGUUUAUAUGAACAGGAGUUAUCUGACCUGUCUGAAAAUACCACAACUAGCGACUAG